UGUCAGCCUCACAUGAUUAUGAUGAGUUGGCGAAGCGGGGCAUCAAAACAGGCGGUAAAAUGACCAGCCUUGUGCGAUGCUCACCUUUUACGCUGUGACAACAGAAAACUUGCAGGGAAGCCUAGAUACGAUGUCAUCGUACACAUAUGCAGCCCUCCCGGAAGAGCAUAUUCGAAUACUCGUUCUAAAGCCAAAUCAUGACCAUGACGCCCCGAUCGAAUGUAACUUGGUGGAAUAUUCCUUGGAAAUACCACGCAAACACCGCUACGAGGCGCUCUCCUACGUAUGGGGAAACCCAGCUGCAGCCAAGUCAAUUCUCUUGAAUGGAUUUGAUUUUCCCGUUACGACAAAUCUCCAUGCGGCACUCUCCCAUCUGCGAGAUCAUACAUUCGACCGAAUCCUUUGGGUAGAUGCGAUUUGCAUCGAUCAGAGGAAUGACGCAGAAAAGGUUGUUCAGAUUCAGUCCAUGGGGAGGAUAUAUUCUCUAGCCAGUCGUGUUGUUGUCUGGCUGGGGGAGAAAUCGGAGGAUAGUCAUUUGGCAUUCAAAUGCAUCCAAGAUGCUGCUGGAAACGAUCCUGUCGAACACCAGUGCUUGGCGGACUCUAAGGUUGAGGUAGAUGACAACUCUUCCAGCGACAGCUCUAGCGAAGAAGAUGAUGAUGAGAAGCGAUCAAUUAAGGACAAUUCCAGGCACAAAAGGAUCGAUGAUCACCACUCUUUGCCUGUACAUGCUGAGGGAUAUACAGCAUGUAUGGCACUUUUGAAACGGUCUUGGUUUCAACGAAUCUGGGUCCUUCAAGAGGUUGGCACUGCGCGAUGUGUUCUGAUUCAGUGUGGUCGUGAUGAGAUGAAUGGCAGCGCUUUCUGCUCAGGCCUCGGGAAUUUGAACCUUACGUAUGAAGAGCCCGAGCUGCAGGGUAUUAUCCAAUCUGCCACCUAUCUUAUAGGAGAGGCAUGUCUUCGGCCGAUUGGAAUGUCGGCGUCGAACUCGCUCUCGAUAGCGCAGUUGGUGGAUAUGUACCAUACACACCAGGCCACCAUCUGUCAUGACAAGAUAUAUGCACUGCUCGGGCUGUGCUCUGAUGAUCUAAAGGAGGCUGGAUUAGUCCCCGACUAUGCCACUCCAUGGAAUGACGUCUUCCGGCAGCUCAUCCAGUACAUACUCCCGGGUGCGAUAUCUAUCAAUACCUGGGUUGAUAGACAAGUUGCAUUCAUCAAAGGUAAAGUAUACAGUUUAGGUCGGGUCAUUUCAGUCGAAGCUGAUGGCUCCCGAUAUGGCAGACAGCAUGUGGGGUUUUUCUUCAACGAUAUGGCCAUGUCACAAGAGUAUCAGAGUCGAUGGGGGAAGAGAUGGAGACUCUGGGCUUCUGCCAAAGCUAUACAAAAAGACGAUAUUCUCUGCCUGGUCGAGGGGUCCUCGAAGCCGAGCAUAAUCAGAGCAUGCAACGAGCAUUAUGCGGUGGUUCUGCUGGAGGUCACAGCCCAGCAGAGGGAGACACUACUGGAAGUGGACUCGGAGGACCAGAAUGAUCCAACCGAGAACUCAGUCUAUGAAGUUAUUCUAGUCUGGAAUUGGGAGCUCUGCUUCGAUAAUGUUCAAAAGCACAAGGCUUUAAUCAAGCUAAACCACAUUAUGCCAGAUUAUGUAGACGCAAAGCCGGAGAAAAGCAAUAACCGGUAUAGCGACGCAAUGAUUUUUAAAGGGGCAGGCCUCUGGAGACAGGCAGCAAGAGCACUCGAAGAAGCAACCGCAAGGAACCCUAGAAAAGACUGCUCAGGAACGGUCGAACGUCUAGACCAACUCGGGUUACUCUAUAUGCAAUCAGCCUAUGGCCGCAAGAAAGUUAUCUACAGGAAACGCGCGGAAUAUACCUUUGAGAAGGCGUUGGAUAUAAUGGAAAGACUCGGUGAUUUCCACAGUCCGCGUGCAUGGAAUAUCAGAGCAAAUCUUGCCAGCACAUAUUUGAUGGGAUACGACGUUUCCAAUCUGGAGACGAAAAUACGUCUUCCCAAAACGGUCCGACACAAUCUCGAUAUUUCUGAAUGGCUAUUAGUUGAUAUAGCCAGGCAUUGCAGUCGCAAACUCCUGAAACUUCUGUUCGACCAACAAGGGGACCGCCUGCAGAUUACUGGGUCUGUUGUCAAGGCCGCAGCCGCAAAUCCGGCACGGGAGGUUAUGGAGCUUCUGCUUGAUCAAUGCGGAGAGAUAUCCGUCUCAGAAGACACGCUUAUCCUUGAGGGAACAGCAAAGAAUGAAGAUCCAGCUUCUGCUGGAAAGUAAGGGCAGGACAUCCGUCCCAAGCAACGCUCUUAACGGUGUAAUGUUGAAUUAUCGCUGUGGAAAUCGUAUUCUAAAGGUUCUCGAUUAAUGGUUAUCAUGUCGACUUAGCAGUACCCAACAUGCGAUGUGGGGGUAGAAUCAUGAUGAUUCUGCUUGACAAACUAGGAGACACUCUACGCUAUGAAGGGAGCGAAGAAUGAUGGAUGUGGAGACCGAGUCCUGGAGAUUCUUCUGGAACAGAGGUGCCAAUUUACCAGUCGCAAAAGAAAUGUUUGAGAACGCCGAAUUAAAUGGCCCUUGUGGAAGAAGGAUCUUCAAGCUUCUAGAUAAAUAUUUAUUUAGGAAUAAAUCUGUC